GUUUAAAUUAUUAGGAUGAGCAAUCCGCCACGGAACGAGCAGUCAGCCCGCCACAAUGUCUCUCGCACGCUUUGGAGGAGUUCUCGCGCGCGCAAGGUGCUCGCCGCGGCCGCAAUGGCACGCAGCACGUGCACUUUCCAGCUCCGCAGCCCGCACCGCCAAAGCCGACAAAGAGCUCAAUUCGGUCAGCAAGCACAUCACGCAGCCCAAGUCGCAGGGCGCCUCGCAGGCUAUGCUGUACGCCACCGGCAUGAGCGAAACGGACAUGAACAAGGCUCAAGUCGGCAUCUCGUCGGUCUGGUACUCGGGCAACCCGUGCAACAUGCACCUGAUGGACCUGAACCACAAGGUGAAGGAGGGUGUAGAGAGGGCCGGCCUGCUCGGAAUGCAGUUCAACACCAUUGGUGUUAGUGACGGUAUUUCCAUGGGCACAAAGGGCAUGCGCUACUCGCUGCAGUCGCGUGAGAUCAUCGCCGACUCAAUCGAGACAGUCAUGGGCGGCCAGUGGUACGAUGCGAACAUCUCCAUCCCCGGAUGCGACAAGAACAUGCCUGGUGUCAUCAUGGCCAUGGGACGUGUGAACAGGCCUUCGCUCAUGGUGUAUGGCGGUACUAUCCAACCUGGCUGCGCCAAGACCCUCGAGAAUCAGCAGAUCGAUAUCGUUUCCGCUUUCCAGGCGUACGGCCAAUUCAUUACAGGCGAAAUCACCGAAGACCAGCGUUUCGACAUCAUCAGACAUGCCUGCAACGGGCAGGGUGCUUGCGGAGGAAUGUACACAGCAAACACAAUGGCUACUGCGAUUGAGACAAUGGGCAUGUCGCUACCUGGCUCUUCAUCCAACCCGGCCAACUCCAAGGCGAAGAUGCUCGAGUGCUUGGCAGCAGGUGGCGCUAUCAAGAACCUGCUCAGAGAGGACAUCCGACCAAGCGACAUUCUCACGCGUGAAGCGUUCGAGAACGCCAUGGUUGUCAUCAGCAUCACGGGUGGUUCGACCAACGCUGUUCUUCACUUGAUCGCGAUUGCAGACUCGGUUGGCCUCAAGCUCACCAUUGAUGACUUCCAGAGCGUCAGCAACCGCAUUCCGCUCCUGGCAGACCUGAAGCCGUCCGGCAAGUACGUCAUGGCCGAUAUCCACGACAUUGGUGGCACACCUUCGCUCCUCAAAUUCCUGCUCAAGGAAGGUCUCCUUGACGGUAGCCAGAUGACUGUGACUGGCAAGACGCUGAAAGAGAACCUGGAGAACGUUAGAGAUUUCCCCGCUGAGCAGAAGAUCAUCCGACCGCUCAGCGAGCCCCUGAAGUCUACCGGUCAUUUGCAAAUCCUGAGAGGAUCCCUUGCUCCCGGUGGCUGUGUUGGCAAGAUUACUGGUAAGGAGGGUACCAUAUUUACUGGUAAAGCCAAGUGUUACGAUGCCGAGGACGACUUCAUCUCUGCUCUCGAGCGGGGUGAAAUCAAGAAGGGCGAGAAGACCGUUGUUGUCAUCCGGUACGAAGGCCCCAAGGGCGGCCCCGGUAUGCCUGAGAUGCUGAAGCCCAGCUCUGCCAUCAUGGGCGCCGGUCUCGGCAAGGAUGUCGCGCUCAUCACAGACGGCCGCUUCAGUGGCGGCAGUCACGGAUUCUUGAUCGGUCACAUCGUGCCCGAGGCGCAAGAAGGUGGCCCCAUCGGCUUGGUCCAGGACGGUGAUGAGAUCACCAUUGACUCCGAGUCGAAUGAGCUGAACAUUGCUGUUAGCGAGCAAGAACUAGCAGAGAGGAGGAAGAAGUGGACUGCGCCCGCACUGAAGUAUCAGAAGGGUACGCUUUUCAAGUACGCGCGGUUUGUCAAGGACGCUAGCCAGGGCUGCGUUACUGACUCAGAGUAAUCUUUAUGAUUUUACGUCGUUUAUGUCUGCAUGUAUAUGUAUACACUCGGGGUUGGAAAAGUUUCGUUUGGAGUUCAGGCAGACGAUAAUUGUACAUUUGAUCUUUAGUGACUUCCUUGUUCGUUCUGGUUCAAUCAGACUGUCAUCGCUGCGAUGCCACGAGCAUGGUCAUUCGUUAGCGGUAACUCGGCGACAUCCUGGUUUCAAGAUCCUACUAGUACUCUCCCGUUCACCUCUUUCAUCAUGUACCACAAUAGGAACUGCGCUUCUCCGCUGGAAUCUUGCAUCUCCCUGCUUACCGCCUCAGGGAACUCCCUACAGUCAAUCCAGGUCUAGCAAGAACAGCUGCGUUCACCUCACCAGGUUCUUCGAUAAUAUAUCCAUCAUAGCCAAC